CUUGUAUGAUUUACCGAUGAAAGAGAAAAAUCCAAGCGCCGUUUAAACGGAGAGAGGCGGAGGCGGGAAGAGGAAAGAGGAGGAACAUGACCAUUGGGAAACUUGGAAUACUGCUGCUGCUACUCGCCGACGGCUCUCCUUUGUCUGUCAACCUCGGCCCCUCAGCGGUACCGCCCUUCAACAAUGUUAUGCAUAAUCCAGCCAACUGGAAGCACAUUACAGCGAAAAUGAAGCCGGAUGGAUGCCUUCGUUAUAUCUCAUCUACCGAGGGGAAAAAAAAAAGACAGGAAAGAAGAUGGCCGAGGCCUUUCUCUCUCCCCGUUCUAUGUUUUGUUCUGUAUAUAUAUACGCGUCGUAUAUAUGGGUUUGGGUUAGAGUUAGGCAGUUAUCGAAAGUCAAUUGGUCGAUGGCUGUGUCUAUCUCAUUGCCUUAUUAUUGUCUAGCUUACUUACUGCACCUUGUUGUCUAGUUUGUUUCGCUUUGCUUUCUUCGGAGUCAUAUCUACCUUGGGCACUUGGGUGGUUUCUAAUGUAAAACAAAGGAGGUUGUUCAAGGUAGAGUUUAAUAAAA